UUCAUAGACGUAAACACGCCUCUCUGACUGGGCUGGUUGGUAAGCCGCCGGUUCAGUGGUUGAACGCAACGGAUUUUACGAUUUAAGACGUAUUAUAGAAUAAAACAUUACAAUGGGUAAGAAAGAAGAAGAAGAGAUUAUUAGAAUCGCAAAGAAGAUGGAUAAAAUGGCGCAGAAGAAGAAUGGGUCAGGGGCACUGGAUCUACUCAAGGAGCUCAAGAAUAUACCCAUGACCUUGGAGUUGCUGCAGUCUACUAGGAUUGGGAUGUCUGUGAAUGCUAUCCGCAAACAAAGUACAGACGAGGAGGUGACGUCACUGGCUAAGUCUCUUAUCAAAUCUUGGAAGAAGCUUUUAGAUGAGCCUUCUGGAGGAGACAAAACGUCUGAGGAGAAGAAGAAAGAACCCACUACACCAGUCCUGUCACCAUCCCAGGGCAGUCCAGAGCCCAGAGAGGAAAGUUCUAGCAGUAACUCAAGUGGUAAGAGUGAGCCCACUGAUGUAACUACCAACUCGCUGAUUUCCACGUUCCCGAGAGCACCAGGCACAUCUGACUCGGUGCGCCUCAAGUGCAGGGAGAUGUUGUCCAGCGCUCUUAAUACUGGAGAUGACUACAUUGCCAUUGGGGCGGACUGUGAUGAACUUGGGGCACAAAUCGAGGAAUGCAUCUUCUUGGAGUUCAAAAACACCGACAUAAAAUACAAAAACCGGGUACGAAGUCGAAUCUCAAACCUUAAGGAUGCCAAGAACCCCAACCUGAGGAGGAAUGUACUCUGUGGGAACGUGCCCCCGAACCGCAUUGCCAAAAUGACAGCAGAGGAAAUGGCCAGCGAUGAGCUGAAGGAGAUGCGGAAGAAUCUGACCAAAGAGGCCAUCAGGGACCACCAGAUGGCCAAGACUGGAGGCACGCAGACUGACCUGUUCACCUGUGGAAAGUGUAAAAAGAAGAAGUGCACCUACACUCAGGUUCAAACUCGAAGUGCUGAUGAGCCAAUGACCACGUUUGUCUUCUGCAAUGAAUGUGGCAAUAGGUGGAAGUUUUGCUGAAGACGGAGAGCUUUGCCAGUGUGCAGAGAGGUAGCUAAAUCCCUGGACCAUGUUUUAUCAACCAAUAGGAACUUUUGUCUGUGGCCCUGAUGUACAACAGCCACAAGAGACACCAUCAAUGUUGUUAUUUUAUUGUUUUGGUCCACAAUCUCAUGUUCUGUUUUAACUUGACAUCUUGCUAUGCUCAGCCUUUGGACUGAUCAGCGUUGCUCUUUCUUUGUUUCUGUUACCACCAAUUUUUAGAUGUAGUUUUAACAUUUUUGGACAGCCUUCAUAUUUAGAAAGUUGUUUUUUUUUGCCCUAACAGAAAUUAGCACAGUUAGAUUAUUUAAAUUUAUUAGGUGAUUUUAACCAAUAAAUUCAAAAAGAAAAAAGCUUUAGUUUUUAUUGAAAACAUUAUUGGUUUUGGUUUAGUCAGACAUGUUCAAACAUCAUAGAAAUGAGACUCUUUUUAUUAAUACUUUUAUUCAUAUUUAUGUGCAUGAUUAGCAAAUUUAUACUGUUUACAUGUAUUUUUUUCCCCCCCUUUUUAGGUAUGUACAUGUUUGGCAAACUUAUACUGUUUACAUGUUGUUGUUUUUUUCUUUUUUCUUCUUGUUCCUUUUUUCAGGAGUAAAACAUUUUUCAAAGA